CUAACCAAGCAAACGUCACAUAUUUUCUAUCAACUGUCAAACUUUAUCGACAUUUUAAAAAUCUACCGAUAAACUAGCAAGAAUCGAAGUACGCUUUCAGAACUCAAAAAAAAAAACUGAAAUAUUUCAAUAUUAAUUAGCAAAUAUUGAACAUAAAAGUGCCGUCAACGAAGUGUUUGAAAAAUAGACGUUUUAAGAAUGACAACUUCUAAUGAAGAGCCUGAUUUCAGCAAAUUAUCAUCAUUCAUCUGUGGACAUUUAGAUGAACAUGAGGGAAACAUUACGAAGCUUUCUAUGCAAGCAAACGUAGUCUCAGUAACAGAGUUUUACAAAGGUUAUGACUGUGAAAUGAAGAAACUGGAGUCACAGUUUAUUUCCGAGAAAAGAAAACUAAACUUUCAAGCAUUUGCGGAGAUAUAUAAAAGUUUUGAUGAGUACCCUGCAAAUUUGCAAAAACCUGAAACACAAUUUCUUAAAACUGCAAAUGAGCAGAACACCACCUCUGAAAAUAUAAAUGAGGACGCACCUAUAAAAGAUGACGACAUUAUGAUGUCAGUAGAAUAUACUUCCACUACCAAAGCCCUUAAUGAUUUUAGAAAAUUUCGCCAAAAACUUCAACUCUUAGAUGAACUAGAAAUGCAAGAAAUCAACUCAGAAUACGCUUCCAAAAUGUGCGAACUUCAAUCGUUUGUCGCAGAAAUGGAAGACGUUCUGCCAAUAGAUUUAUCAACAACACUUGCUUUCAGUUCUGAUGAAGAGGACAAACUAUGUCGUUUAGCUCAACACACAGAGGAACUUGAUUUCAUACAAGCCCACCAACAAUUCCUGAAUGAACACACUCAAAACAAUGAUGCGGAUUUGAAUAGUAUCGUGGAUUUGUUAACAUAUACAUUAAUGUCUAUUGAAAAUGACCCUUAAAUGAUUAAAUUAUUAAAAUAAAAACACUUUAUAUUCUUUUGGAUUUAAACACGAAAAAAUUUUUUUGGUUAUAGAAAAGCAAAAGUCUGUCAUAUACUUGAAGAACUCUGAUCGUAACUGUAAAUAUCAAAACAAAUAUCUGCCGGUGUUUCCUUCAUUCACCUUCAUAUCGAUUGCAACUAAAAUGGCUAUUUUCUCAAUA